UAUCAGCCACUCACCUAACGCCACGUAAGAGAAGUUCCUAGGAUUCAGGUGGCGCACCAUCGCAAAAUUAUUUGAUUAAGGGGAGAUUGAAACUGGGGGUCGAAGCCCGCUCGAGUCUAUGACCGUGCCCCUCCAUCAUUGGUGAGCUCCCAACACCGCCGUUCGGUGUGCUGCCCCUUCAUCAGCGGGAGUACUCUGCGUAAGGUGCCAGAUCUGAGGACCUGAUUAUUGCGCCGCGCGAGGUGUGUGUGUGUGUGUGUGCUCGCAGCUACAAUGCGGUGACUAUUUUAUGCUUUUUUUGUUGCUGAGUACUGUGUCUUUGGAUCUGGAGGGAGUGGGAGCUCGCGCUGAGUUUCGGCACUUGUUUUGGUGAAGGUUUCCGCUGCUUCGGUCGGCCAAUUUAUAAGUGAAGGGGUUGGGUUGAGGCGCCAGAUUUGACGAGGAUUCAUUUAUGGAUGUUGUCUCGUGGAGGAGAUUGGGAUCAGAAGAAGCUGCAAUGUGCAGGUUGGAAUUGUGGUGUGUGAGCGUAAUCGCUUGAGAAGGAUGCUCUUGCUCUGAAGUUAAUUUGGGUGAUAAGCGGAAGGCCUGGAGGAAAGGGUUUUCUUUCUUUUUUUCGGAUUUUGUGCGUGUGAGAGAGAAGGGGACAUUCGUCACCAUGGGGUGUAGUUUGAAGUCUGGGAGAAUGUUGGUACUGCUGGGAUUUUUGGUAUUGCAAGCAUUGUCUGGGGGUUUCGUAGAGGGAUUUUACCUGCCAGGCAGUUACCUGCAUCCGUAUAAAGAUGGAGAUGAGCUUGGGGUGAAGGUAAACUCCAUUACGUCAGUUGAGACGGAGCUCCCGUAUUCGUACUACAGCCUGCCCUUCUGUAGGCCCAAGGAGGGCAUCAAAAAGGUGGCAGAAAAUAUUGGAGAGCUUCUUAUGGGCGAUGAGAUAGAGAAUUCGCCCUACAAGUUCAAGAUGCGGACCAACCAGCAGAAUGUGAAGGUGUGCGAGACAAGUCCCUUGACAGAGAAGGACGUGAAGCAUUUCCACCAGAGGAUCGACGAUCUGUACCAGGUGAAUCUGAUGUUGGACAACCUCCCAGUGACACGGUACACGAAGCAGCCGGACUCGAACAAGCCGAUGCGGUGGACGGGGUUGCCCAUUGGGCACGAGAAGGACACUAAGCAUUAUAUUUUUAACCAUUUGAUUUUCAAGGUGCUCAUCCAUGAAUAUGAGGGUGAAACCUCGAUGGUGGCCAUGUUGGGGAAUGGGGACGGCCUAGAUGUUGUACAGACGGAGAGUGAGCGCAACUUAACCGGAACGCAUAUGGUGGUGGGAUUCGAGGUCGUACCUUGCAGCGUUGAACGCGAUGCUAAGGCCCUCAAGGACGUUGAGGACUACGGGACGCUUCCUGGUGUCUCCUGUAGUCUUAAUGGACCUCAUCAGGAAAUCAAAGUGAACGAACCAUUAGUUUUUUCGUAUGACGUCGUUUUUGAGCCGAGCGAAAUCCGCUGGCCUAGCCGAUGGGACUCAUACCUCAAGAUGGAGGGAACUCGCGUCCACUGGUUCUCUAUUCUGAACUCUCUCAUGGUUAUCACAUUCCUUGCCGGCAUUGUGUUCGUGAUUUUCCUGAGAACGGUGCGGCGUGACUUGACUAAGUACGAGGAGCUCGACAAGGAAUCUCAGUCGCAGAUGACAGAGGAGCUAUCAGGUUGGAAGUUGGUCGUGGGUGACGUGUUCCGCGCGCCGGGGUCUCCUCAAAUCCUAUGCAUCACAAUUGGCGAUGGUGUCCAAAUCUUAGCUAUGGGCGUUGUGACAAUCUUCUGUGCUGCCCUUGGUUUCAUGUCACCUGCAUCACGAGGAAUGCUGCUCACCGGCAUGGUUUUGCUGUAUCUAUUCCUCGGUAGUGUGGCCGGCUAUGUCGCCUCGCGGCUGUGGUGCACCAUCCAGGGAAGUCCGGCUGGAUGGAAAGCCAUCGCUCUGAAGACCGCCUGUUUUUUCCCUGGGAUCUCCUUCAUUAUCCUCAUCAUUCUAAACAGUAUUCUGUGGGCCAAUGGCAGCACCGGCGCCAUCCCGAUCUCCCUCUUCCUCGUCCUCUUCCUUCUCUGGUUCACCAUCUCAGUACCUUUGACUCUCUUGGGAGGUUACUUCGCUGCUCGCUCCGAGCCCAUCACAUACCCCGUUCGCACCAACCAGAUUCCCCGCGAAAUUCCUCCCCAGCGCUACCCGUCCUGGUUGUUGGUCCUCGGAGCUGGCACCCUCCCAUUUGGCACUCUCUUUAUCGAGCUUUUCUUUAUUAUGUCCAGCAUCUGGAUGGGCCGCGUCUACUACGUUUUCGGCUUCUUAUUUAUUGUGCUGGUGCUUCUCGUCAUUGUCUGCGCCGAGGUUUCUGUCGUACUUACGUACAUGCACCUCUGCGUGGAGGAUCACCGCUGGUGGUGGAAAUCGUUCUUCGCCUCUGGUUCUGUGGCGUUCUACGUCUUCCUGUACUCCAUUAAUUACCUCGUCUUCGAUCUGCACAGCUUGAGUGGGCCAGUAUCGGCAGUCCUCUACUUGGGAUACUCUCUACUCAUGGUGACUGCCAUCAUGUUUGCCACCGGCACCGUAGGGUUCCUCACUUCCUUUUACUUUGUUCACUAUCUCUUCUCUUCUGUGAAGAUUGAUUAGCUACUUUUCUGCUAUUUUUGUUCCCCACCUCCAUGUGCAAUGUAGAGAAAUCAUUCAAGUUUGCGGCAGCAGUUUCAGAGCAUUGUUGAGACAGCUUUCAAGUGAAGCUAAGGUCAUUCUAUGAGCUCCCUUUGUAGCUCUUCAAGUGCUUUCAUGAUUUCUUACUCGUAGCGAUCGGCUGUGUCAGAUUAGCUUUCACUUCGUUGCUUUUGCAAUGAUUUCAGAGUAGUAGGUUUUGGAAUAGGUCAGAAAAUCAAUUAUUAUCUAGGUGGUCCUGCAUAGCAACGGACACAUUUUGGAUCUACAUCCUAAUUAGACUACUGAGAAGUUGUCUCUCUUGGUAUCCGCUACACCAUUGGUAGAAUGCACAGUUCAAAUUGGAUAGUAGUCUUAAUUACCUUCAAUUAUCAGCAAUGACGUUGCCAUUGAAUGCUCGUGUGGUCGAGUAUUCUCUUGCCAUGUCUUAUUGCUAUUUAUGUAACCACAUGAGACGAUUGUUGUAUGAAAGUAUCAGAUACUGACAUGCAAUUUCUUA